CUCGGCACUCGGCUGGCUCCACGCUACUCCUCCUCCUCCUCCUCUUCUUCGGCCCCUCUCGCCAUGCACGGCCUACUACUCCUUCUACCUGGCGAGGCGGUCGGACGUCAUGUGUGUAUGUGUACCUUGGACUUCAGUGUAAGAUCCGAGCUAGCGGCGAGCGCACGGCAUUGUGUAUUGUUAUAAAUCGUUUAUCGUCGUUCCUCCUCCUCCUCCUCGUCCUCCUCCUCGUCGUUCUCGUCGUCUUAAUUCUAAUCAACGUCGUCGUUGUUGUUGUUGUUGUUCGAUGUUACAACAGUGCCGAUCAUCCGGUUUACGUUUACAUACGUUGAUAAUAAACUGUGCGCCGUGUGUUUUUCGAGGGUUGAAUCACCCCCGACCGCGUCAAAUAUCGCGCCCCUCCUUCCCCCACCCGAUUUUCAUCGAUGUCGUCGUAGCAUCGACAAUUUCAACACAAGGAUACGUGUCGUCAACCGUCGUACCGAUAUGAACAAUUCCUCAUAAAACUGACCAAUCUUGCGAUAGAAAGAAACGCUCGUCCAGAGAUCGUCGUCUACCACCCACCCGAGUCACAUCGAUCGAUCUUUGCUCGCACUCUUUUCCGGAAACACGUGGCUCCUCGCCGGUGCCGCACGAGGUUCCGUGGCGGCAAAUUCGUAAGGGAAGAGAGACCGGAAGGAAGAAAAUAAGGAAGGAAGGAAGGAAGGAAGGAAGGAAGUAGGGUGUCCUCCCCUCUCCCACCACCCCCAUCCCUCCUUAACCAUUUCCACGACGCAUCUCCCGUGGAUAUUGUCACGGGAUGGAGCCGGCAGCGGGGAAACUCGGCUGGUGUUGCUCGUCGACCCGCAGACAAGGGGUUCUCUUCUCGGCUCGAGGAUUGACGGCGAGGCGCGGCUCUAACGCCUAAUUAAAUCGAUUAGACUUUGGGGUUAAUUGUUCUGGAAGGCCACGCUCGCCUUGCAGCCUUACAACCCUCCGCGUACGGUUAUAACACACGUACCCGCACACCGCCACCACCACAAGGAGGAAACUGAUCGGCGGAUCGUAUGCCAGGUGGAAAUAAUAACGAUCUCCCUCGUUGUUGUAUACACCGAUCGGCGAUCUUACGGCGACACUCGCCUUGAAACUACGACGCCCAAGAUACAACGCGAGAGGGCUGAGAGUCCGUCGGCUCUCUGAUCAGUCAGUCUGCCCUCGCCGAUCGUCUCGAUGAAGUGAAAUAUAAUAUCGGGAGGCAAGCGUCUCUCUCUCUUGCUCGUCUUCGGCAAUCGGUCGCAAGAGACUUACUUACGUUCACAAUCAGCCGACGUUGUUCGCUCUGUUAUGUUUUAUACAUGCAUCAUUGCAUACCUGUGAGAGUUGUGACACAAGCGUUUGUCUCUGUAAUAACGUGUGUAAUGAAUAAUUCGGCUGUGCUUGCUUAGUUGUGUUUGUUUUCUCGCCGCGAUAUUAAAACGUUUGAUAUUACAUGCAUGUGUAAUAAUACAUGUACGUGUGUGUACGCCGUAAGCAACGGCGGCUCGGUGUCGAUUUGACAUCGUUCGGUGGAUCCUACGUUUUUAAACCCUGCUUUUUUGCUCAAUUAGUUUUUAUCGUCUAACGUGGUUAACAAUAUCUUGAAAGUGCUUGAAUAUAUUCACCUGCCGUGUUGAUAAUGUUGUUACGUUUUAUCCCUCGACGUGCCGGUGGUUAAUAAAUCUAUACGUAGGUACACGAGUAUAAAUAUUACGUGUGGUAUAUAUUGUUUGAACGAAGAUGAGAAACACUUGAGCGGUUUUUAUACAUUUCGCGAUCAUUGACAUGAUCGUGUAUAAUAAUACGAUAUUUUAACUAUUUGUGAUUACACAUGUGAUAAUAAAAAAAAACGUAUAUAUGAUAUACAUAUUAUACAUAUGUAUAUAUAUUAUACAUACGUAAUAAUACCUACCUUUAAUACACAACGAUCCGUACGUAUAAUAUCGAUAACGUGAUAGUACACAUGAUGUUAUAACCCGACGAUUAAACGAUCGUUACAGAUCUGUGAAAAGACAUAAAAUUCUAGUUCGUUGUUGGUUUUUCUUCAUUCUGUUUCUUCAAUUUCUCUCUGUCUCUCUCUCUCUCUCGCUCUCUUUCUGUCUCUUCCUCUGAUCUGCUCUUUUUAAAAUUAGUGUGUAAAAUGUGUAUGUGCAAAGAUAAAAAAAAAACGGUGUCAAAUAAUCGUCGUAACGCUGAUAUAAUAAUUUUAUAUAAAUAAUAUAUAUAUACGAGUGUGCGUAUUAUCGACACAGCUUAUAAUAACAUAGACCACCGUCACGUGAUCUUUACAUGAAACAUAAAACGUUUAUCGUGUGUGAAUUUGAGGAGAAGAGAAGAACCAAUUGUGUGCCAAUCGAACGACGCGUGCGUGAUAUUAAUCGUGGAUAUUAACGCGUGUAUUCGUGGCGAUUUUUCGUUCUGUGAUCAAGGAAGUGGAAUUGUGACGUUGAGAAACGAAAAAAUUCACUUGGAAAUUGCCGCACAGAAACGGGAAACGAACAGGUCCUGAUGUUCCCUCCGAUAUACGAACGGUCGGUGGGCACGAAGCGCCGAUAAAAAGCCGAGAAUCAGCUGGCAGAAGAUUCCAACCCGAGUAAGAAUGUCCUCGAAGAGGAAGUCGCCGCCAACGAAGCUAUCGGAAGGUGGGGGCGGGACGGGAACUGUGGGUGGUACCGACGAGGAGGAAGAGACGGCGUCGUCGGCGGUCCUCCGGGUUGUCGAGAGCGUAACAACCGAGGAGAACUCGGCCCCUACCGAGGGCGCGAUCGAGGAUUGUUACAACCACCCCCUGCAGAGGGGCGAGUGCGAGUCGUCGGGCUGUUCGUCGCCGGCAACGCCGAGCGAGCACGAUCCCCGGGACUCGCCCUCACCGUCGCCGGCUAAUUCGCCACCGGCGGCAAAGCGGCAGAGGAUGGUGUUCCUACAGACGAGCGCCGAUUCCCUCCAGGGCUACAACCACCUCCACCUCCAGACGAACGCCGCCGCGGCGACGACGGGGGCGGUGGCCGAGCCGGCGAGUUCCUCGGAGUGCGGAUCGCCCCCCGCCACCCUGACGGCGGAGACCUACUACGGUCACCACCACCACCACCAUCACCAUCACCACCACCACGCCAACCCCCAUCACAACAACAACAACAACACCGUUACGCAGAACAACAACAAUCAUCAUACAAACAACAACAACAACAACAACAACAACAACGGCGGGGGCGUGAGCGCAGCGGGGGGGAAACGGUCCAUGGACGACGUACUAAAGAGGCUCACGUGCAAGAUGAACAGCGGAUCGUUAUCCCUCCAGGACGACGCCGCGCGACGGACGACACCGCCGCCAUCGUCGACGCCCAACACCCUGCACCUUACCCACAACUCCCACAGCAGCACCGGCAUAUCGAACAGCGUCGCGCCGUCGCAGGUUGCGGGAAGAAACACGGCGACGGAAGGACACCAGGACGGGGCAGCCGCCCUUCAUCGGGUUCUAUGCGCCGACAACUUCGUAGAAAAGGAGCGAUGCCUCUCGGAGAUGAUACUCAAGCUUCAGAUGCUCAGGGAACAGCUGCUCCAGCAGCAGGACCAGACCAAGUCUUACCCUCCGCACCUGAACGCCGAGACCCAGAAGCAGAUCGACAUGCAACGGUUGCAAACCGAGCACCUCAAGCGCCAGCAGGAGCACAUCAUGCAGCACAACAUCCAGGAGCUUCAGGCGCAAAUCAGCAAAGGCCAGGUCACGAUGCCGGGGCCUCAGACCCUCAUGUUCCUACCCUUUCUUCAGGAGCAGCUUCGGGGACUACCCGUGACCUCCAUGCCGCCGCCAACCUCUACGGCGAUGACGGGAAACAAGCAUAUCAACUCCAUAGCCAACAUGAUAAGCGGGCAUCGAGACGGUCCAAGUUCCUGGGCGACGGCGCACCUGGCGCAGAUGACGACGCAGAUGGAGAAGGAGUCUUCGCCGACGCCGACGCCGAGCUCCGGAUCCUCGCAGCCGGCGGCACCGACGCAUCAGGAUCCUGACACCCCGUUGAACCUUACCAAGCCAAAGUCCUCGGGACAGACGGCCUCCUCUUCGCCGGGAAGCGACUCCCACUCGACCGGGGCCGGGAGCAGCGGUCAUCAGGAGCAACCCUUGCCCGCGACGGCACCGAAACUCUUCCAUUCUAGCCUCCAGAUGCCCCGUGGAUACCUGCCGAGUCUACCUUACGGCGGACUUCCGCCGCAUCUCAGCACCCUCUCGUCCAUGGGCAAGGUGAUGAAUAAAGAGGAAUCCGGAGGCGGUUCCGCCGCCGCGGCGGCCGCGGCGGCCGCGGAGAAACACUUCGCCAUGCACGGAAUCUACGGGAUGCCGUCUAGUGCCGGCGGCAUGCCUCCAUCACCGCAAUCUCAGAGGGGUAUGAAACACUCGGGUAGUCGGGAGGAUCCGUCGCAGGAGGAGCAGGACUUCCUCUCAUCUCCGCACAUGUGGGGACGAGAGCAAGGCUACAAGGUUCCUGAAGAUAUAACAGAAAAAGCGAAAAUGGUGAGGCAGCAGAAACGGGACGGUGAAAACAAGCCGCAUAUUAAACGACCUAUGAACGCGUUCAUGGUAUGGGCCAAGGACGAACGGAGGAAAAUCCUCAAGGCGUGCCCGGAUAUGCACAAUUCGAACAUAUCGAAAAUACUCGGUGCGAGAUGGAAAGCGAUGUCGAAUUCGGAGAAGCAGCCGUACUACGAGGAGCAGUCUCGACUUUCGAAAUUGCACAUGGAGAAGCACCCGGACUACAGAUACAGACCGCGUCCGAAAAGGACAUGCAUAGUCGACGGGAAGAAGAUGCGGAUCUCCGAGUACAAGUCGCUGAUGCGACAGCGACGGCAGGAGAUGAGGCAGCUCUGGUGUCACCGAGACGGCGGUGGUCCCGACAUGGGCUUCCUGUCGCCGGUCGGAUCGGAAAUGACGUCACCACACCCUGGUCCCUCGGCGAGGCCGUCGGUGUCGCCGCCGGCGUCGCUCCUCAACGGAGGGGGCCCCGGUCCGAGUUCGGACCACGGUUCCUUUUACUACCCCCAGGACAGUCUAUCCCCGAGUGACAUAAUGAACUUUUCCCCCGAGAACCCGGGGUCCGUUGGCGGUUACGACGUCAGUCCGCGGCACCACGACGAGGAUUGAGCCGCGGCUCCGGGUCAGCCCUCGUGGCCACCCGGAGCUAACGCAAGACUUGCCCACGAACUCUUUUGGUAACCUGGUUCGAACUGGGGCCGGGUUUAUUUAUUCUUUUAUCGCCAACCCCGCCGCCGAAGGACGUGUAUGAACGUGUCACGGCGAACGGAAAAGAGGAGAAGAAGAUAGGAAGGGAAGAAAGGAAGAAAGGAAGAUAGGAAGAAAGGUAGGAAGGAAGAAGCUAUUCAACUGGCCAUCGAGAACUGGCUUCUUCGCAUAUUUUGCAUCUACAUGGCACGCAGGGUCGCGAGCAAAGAUUACUUAACGGUAUGACUGUACGAUAGGUAUGUUGUCUGCGUGCGAAUUUGAGGAACGGUCCCAUUCGCUUUGGUAGUAUGAAGCUGGAAGUUUGGUAUCGUAACGCGUUCAAAGUAUGAUUUGGUGUACAUCAUCGACGAGGUGAAUAUGUGCAAUGUAUCGACUGGACGGAAGAACUACAUCGUCGCGACGUCCGUUGUAUAGGUAUCGAUAAUCAAAUUCCAACCAAUUUUCUAAACCGAUGAAAGAAGGUGCAGAAAUGAAAUGGCAAACGCGACGUCGUCUCGAGACGUAUAUAUAGAUAUAUAUAAUAUAUUUAUAUAUAUAGAUAUAUAUAUAAUAUAUUUAUAUAUUAUAUAUACGUCUACGUAUACGUAUAUGCUACACACAACGCGCUGUACUGUAUGUCACGCAACGUACUACCUAGGCGAUGUAAAAUCAUCUUUAUAACGUAGCUAUAAGUAUAUCGAAUAUCGAUCCGCGCCUACCUAUACAUACAUACAAAUAAAACACACGCAAUUUAUUACAAUGAAAUUUAGAAAAACAAUUGAAACAUUUCCGAGCGUUACAGAUUGUCAGGCAAAUAAUAGAAAGAGAGAAAAAUGAGAGUGAAAAAAGAAACACUGCGCACCUGAUAUUUUUUCACCUACCGUUUCUCGAACAUGGUUGUGUCUGGUUUCAAAUUCAUUUAUCCGGAAUGAAAGUUGACGAGUGUUUUAAAAUUUUCGCUUUGAUAUUUUUUUUUUUGUCUUCUUCAUAUAGAAACAAACUGGUUAGAAAGAUAACCCAUUACUUUGACAUCUUAUACUUCGAAACCUUUGGCUUAUCGGCAGUGAUAUAGAUAAUUUUCUAAAAACUUGAAAUUUUUUUUUUUUGCCUUCAACAACGACUGCAAUAUUUGAAGAAUUCAAUCUCAAGCCAGGAAAAGGUAGCCAAUGGAGCGGGAGGUGAAAGAAACGUACGCAUAACAUUAACUUGAAAAUAGAAUGGUUCGUUUAUUUGAGUUUUCUAAACAUUUAACAUUAUAAGAUCACUUGACACAUCAAUCGCCUAAUCUAGAGUACUGCAUCGGGUACCUAGCAUUAGCACUUUGAGGCGUUUUAAUAAAAAAAAAUAAGUGCGCGCAAUACAUAAUAAUAAUAAUAAUAAUAAUAAUGAUAAUAAUAACAAUAUU